CGCGUGAUUAAUAUUCAAUGAGCCCAGCCUCGCGGCUGGUUCGCUGGCGUGAGGUGUGGGAGCGGGCGGGGCCUGUGCGCGGGAGCCCUCGACCCGGGCGGGGAGGGCGUGUUGAGAGGGGGGGCGGUGGCGGCGAGGCGGGCGCGCGGGAUGGAACACCGAGACACCGACGGAAUGCUCCGAAUUGCCACAUAAUCCCCUGGAACGGCCGCGCCGAACGCCAUUGGCUUCUCCCUUCUCCCCGCGCCACCGCCGCCGUCUCCCACCUUCGCCUCACCGCCUCCCUCUCUGCCCGCUGCCUCCGGAGCUGGGGGGGAAGCUCGGAGCCCCACUGCAAUGGAGCCCGCCGCCGCGUCUACGGCGCAGCGACUCCCAGAAACCAGCAGGGAGGACCGAGCUCCGGCUCCGGCGGCGGCCGCAGCGGCAGCGGCGGCGGCAGCGGCGGCGGCGGCAGCGGCGGCCGCGGCAGCUCUGGCGGCGGCGGCGGCCGGGGACGGCCGGAGCCCAGAGCCCGCGCUGACCCCGGCGGCCCCGAGCACCGGGGCGCGGGAAGAGGCCCCCCGCGAGGCGCAGCCGGGGCCGCUGCCGGGCAGAGUGGGAGGCACCGGUCGCAGGAGGAGGCGCGGCGCGCCCCAGCCCACCGCCGGCGGGGCUGCCCCGGUGUCCGGGGCCGGCAGCGGCGCCAACUCCCUCCUGCUGAGGAGAGGGAGGCUGAAGAGGAAUCUGUCCUCAACUGCUGCCGCCUCGUCGUCGUCGUCCUCCUCGUCGUCGUCGUCGUCCUCGGCCGCUGCCGCCUCGCACUCCCCCGGCAGCGCCGGCCUCUCCGCCUCCUGCUCGGCCUCGGCGUCGCUGUGCACCCGGAGCCUGGACAGGAAGACGCUGCUCCUGAAGCACCGGCAGAUGCUGCAGCUGCAGCCGUCGGACCGGGACUGGGUGAGGCACCAGCUCCAGCGCGGCUGCCUGCACGUCUUCGAUCGCCACAUGGCCUCGACCUACCUGCGCCCGGUGCUCUGCACACUGGACACCACGGCCGGCGAGGUGGCCGCCCGCCUGCUGCAGGUGGGCCACAAAGGCGGCGGCGUGGUGAAGGUGCUGGGCAAGGGGCCCCCCGAUGCCGGCCCCCGGCUCGCACCCGGCGAGCCGCGGGACCUGCGGCCGCCCCCCCGGAACAGCGCGCUGGCCGCCGUCGGGGCCCCGCCGCGCGCGCCUCCUGCCGACCUGCCGCUGCCCGGUGACCCCGGCGGGUGGGCGCUCGGCUCCUCCCGCGCCAGCCCCGCGCCCUCGGACUCCAGCCCGGGUGAGCCAGGCGCCGCGCGGCCCCUGGACAGCGCGGCCGCGGGCCGGGCUUCGGAUACCGAGAGCUUCAGCCUGAGCCCCAGCGUCGAGAGCGUGUCGGACCGGCUGGACCCCUAUAGCAGCGGCGGUGGCUCUUCGUCGUCGUCCGAGGAGCUCGAGGCCGAUCCAGCCGCGCCGGGAGUUCCGGGCCAGCCCCGCCUGCCCGGCCGCUCAGUGCAGCCCCGGGCCGGAGCAGGCGCCCGGCCGCCUUCCCCGACGGCCUCCCCGCCUCUGCCGCAGCCAAAAGCCCAGAGGCUCGUCGACGGCCCGGACGGGGCUGCCCGCGAUUGGCCUCGGGAGGAAAAGGAGGCAGCAGCCGCGGCCCCUGGCCGCCCCCAGCUCCCCCCGGGUGGGAACCCGGCGACCGCGGAGAAGGCGCCUCCGCCGCCCACCUUGUACGUGCAGCUCCACGGAGAGACCACCCGGCGCCUGGAGGCGGACGAGAAGCCUUUGCAGAUUCAAAAUGACUACCUCUUCCAGCUGGGCUUUGGGGAGUUAUGGAGGGUGCAGGAGGAAGGCAUGGACUCAGAGAUUGGCUGCCUUAUCCGCUUCUACGCAGGAAAACCUCACAGCACGGGUGGCUCUGAACGGAUUCAGCUCUCAGGAAUGUAUAAUGUCCGUAAAGGCAAGAUGCAGUUGCCAGUGAACCGCUGGACCAGACGCCAAGUCAUCCUGUGUGGCACCUGCCUGAUAGUGUCGUCUGUGAAAGACAGCUUAACAGGGAAGAUGCAUGUUCUGCCACUGAUUGGUGGGAAAGUAGAAGAAGUGAAAAAGCACCAGCACUGUUUAGCAUUUAGCUCCUCUGGACCCCAAAGCCAGACUUACUACAUUUGUUUUGAUACAUUCACAGAGUAUUUAAGGUGGCUUCGACAAGUCUCUAAGGUUGCAUCACAGCGCAUCAGCUCAGUGGACCUCUCGUGUUGUAGCCUGGAGCAUCUGCCUGCCAACCUCUUCUACAGCCAAGACCUCACUCAUCUCAACUUAAAACAGAACUUCUUAAGACAAAAUCCCAGUCUACCAACUGCCAGGGGGCUCAAUGAACUGCAAAGGUUCACCAAGUUGAAGAGUCUUAACCUUUCCAAUAAUCAUUUAGGGGACUUCCCAUUAGCAGUCUGCAACAUCCCGACGCUGACGGAGCUGAAUGUGUCGUGUAACGCCCUUCAGGCAGUCCCGGCAGCCGCCGGCGUUAUGCACAACUUACAGACAUUUUUGUUGGAUGGAAACUUUCUCCAGACCCUUCCUGCUGAGUUGGAGAACAUGCAUCAGCUUAGUUAUCUCGGUCUUUCUUUCAAUGAAUUCACUGACAUUCCAGAGGUAUUGGAGAAAUUGACUGCUGUGGAUAAACUUUGUAUGUCUGGAAACUGUAUGGAGACCCUUAGACUACAGGCUUUACGAAAAAUGCCUCACAUUAAACAUGUGGAUCUAAGACUGAAUGUAAUUAAGAGGCUAAUAGCAGAUGAAGUGGACUUUCUCCAGCAUGUCACUCAGCUUGAUCUGCGCGACAAUAAGCUUGGUGAUCUAGAUGCUAUGGUUUUCAACAACAUUGAAGUUUUACACUGUGAAAGGAAUCAACUGGUGACACUAAACAUCUGUGGCUAUUUCCUAAAAGCACUCUAUGCCUCUUCUAAUGAACUUGUUCAACUUGAUGUUUACCCAGUUCCGAAUUAUCUGUCCUACAUGGACGUUUCAAGGAACCGCUUAGAAAAUGUGCCUGAGUGGGUAUGUGAAAGCCGAAAGUUAGAAGUUCUGGAUAUUGGCCAUAAUCAAAUAUGUGAACUUCCUGCACGCUUGUUUUGUAACAGUAGUCUCCGGAAGCUGCUGGCAGGACACAACCAGCUGAGCAGGUUACCUGAAAGGCUGGAAAGAACCUCCGUGGAGGUCUUGGAUGUGCAGCACAACCAGCUCCUAGAGCUGCCCCCGACCCUCCUGAUGAAGGCGGACAGCCUGAGAUUCCUGAAUGCAUCUGCGAACAAACUGGAAACCCUUCCUCCAGCCACACUUUCUGAAGAGACGAGCAGCAUCUUACAGGAGUUGUAUUUGACAAACAACAACCUCACAGACAAGUGUAUACCCUUGUUAACAGGACACCCCCAUCUAAAGAUCCUUCACAUGGCCUAUAACCGGCUUCAAAGCUUCCCAGCAAGUAAAAUGGCAAAACUGGAGGAACUAGAGGAAAUCGAUAUCAGUGGGAACAAACUGAAAGCCAUCCCCACCACGGUCCUGAACUGCAGGCGCAUGCACACUGUGGUCGCUCACUCCAACUGCAUCGAGGUCUUUCCGGAAGUUAUGCAGCUCCCAGAAAUCAAGUGCGUGGACCUGAGCUGUAAUGAGCUAAGCGAAGUCACUUUACCAGAAAAUCUGCCUCCAAAAUUGCAAGAACUAGACCUGACUGGAAACCCCCGACUUACUCUCGAUCACAAAACGCUGGAACUGCUCAAUAAUAUCCGCUGUUUCAAGAUUGAUCAGCCUUCCGCAGGAGAUGCAUCUGGACCCCCAGCUGUAUGGAGCCACGGCUACACGGAAGCUUCAGGAGUGAAAAACAAGUUGUGUGUUGCAGCCCUGUCCGUAAACAACUUCUGUGACAACCGGGAGGCCCUAUAUGGUGUGUUUGAUGGAGAUCGUAACGUGGAGGUGCCCUACCUUCUCCAGUGUACUAUGAGUGACAUUUUGGCGGAAGAACUGCAGAAAACAAAAAAUGAAGAGGAAUACAUGGUCAAUACAUUCAUUGUCAUGCAAAGGAAACUUGGAACUGCUGGGCAGAAACUUGGAGGUGCUGCUGUCCUUUGUCAUAUCAGGCAUGACCCUGUGGACCCAGGAGGGUCCUUCACCCUGACCUCUGCUAAUGUGGGCAAGUGCCAAACGGUCCUCUGUCGGAACGGGAAGCCGUUGCCUCUGUCCAGGUCGUAUGUCAUGAGCUGUGAAGAAGAACUGAAGAGAAUUAAACGGCACAAGGCCAUCAUCACUGAGGACGGCAAGGUGAACGGCGUGACCGAGUCCACGCGCAUCCUGGGCUACACCUUCCUCCACCCCAGCGUGGUGCCUCGUCCCCACGUGCAGUCCGUGCCCCUGACGCCCCAGGAUGAGUUCUUCAUCCUGGGCAGCAAGGGCUUGUGGGACAGCCUGUCCAUCGAGGAGGCCGUGGGGGCCGUGCGCAAUGUGCCCGACGCCCUGGCCGCCGCCAAGAAGCUGUGCACCCUGGCCCAGAGCUACGGCUGCCACGACAGCCUGAGCGCAGUGGUGGUGCAGCUCAGCGUCACCGAGGACAGCUUCUGCUGCUGCGAGCUGGGCGCGGGCGGGGCCGGCCCGCCGCCCAGCCCCGGCAUCUUCCCGCCGGCUGUCAGCAUGGUGAUCAAGGACCGGCCCUCCGACGGGCUGGGCGUGCCGUCCUCCAGCAGCGGCAUGGCCUCGGAGAUCAGCAGUGAGCUGUCCACGUCCGAGAUGAGCAGCGAGGUGGGCUCCACGGCCUCGGACGAGCCGCCGUCCGGAGCCCUGAAUGACAGCAGCCCGGCCUACGCCGGCGAGCAGCGCUGCAUGCUGCACCCGGUCUGCCUGUCCAGCUCCUUCCAGCGCCAGCUGUCCAGCGCCACGUUCUCCAGCGCCUUCUCGGACAAUGGCCUCGACAGCGACGACGAGGAGCCCAUCGAGGGCGUGUUCACCAACGGCAGCCGCGUGGAGGUGGAAGUGGACAUCCACUGCAGCCGCGCCAGGGAGAAGGAGGCGCAGCAGCUGCUCCACGUGCCGGCCGAGGCCAGUGACGAGGGCAUCGUCAUCAGCGCCAACGAGGAGGAGCCGGGGCCGCCCCGGAAGGCGGACUUGGCCGCUGUGGGGACCAUUGGGCGCCGGAGGCCUAACGGCUCCGUGGCGCCCCAGGAAAGGAGCCACAACGUCAUAGAGGUAGCUACGGACGCGCCUCUCCGGAAGCCCGGAGGCUAUUUUGCCGCCCCGGCCCAGCCGGAUCCUGAUGACCAGUUUAUCAUCCCCCCGGAGCUGGAGGAGGAAGUCAAGGAGAUCAUGAAGCAGCAGCAGCAGCAGCAGCAGCAGCAGCCGCCGCCCCCGCAGCGGCCGUGCCCGGCGGAGCCGCUCCCAGACUGCUGCGACACGCCGCUCUGAGCCGCCAGCCGCCGUGAGGACCGCGGGUGUCCGGCUCCCGCACCCCGCGGCUUCCCCGCCGUCUCCCAGACACUUGCCCGACCUGUCUUUGCAGCUAGUCUGUACGUUCUCUUCUGUUGGUGAUUUUUAAAAAUAAUUACCACUUUUCUUCUAGUGAUGCUUUACCAAUAUGAUUUAGAUUUGUUAACUUCUUUUCCUAACACACCAGAUGUGUAAAGACAAAGAACAAAAGGUUUAAUAUAUUACAGAGAAACAGUUAAUGUAUUAUUUUUUAAAAUGGCUUUUUAUUGUUUUGUGUGUUUGGAAGGCAGAACAGGUUGCCAGUGCUAAAUGAUUUAAUAAUAUUGUAAUUCUGGGGGAAAAGGCUUUUUUUUUUUUUUUUUGUCUUGAAAAUGAUAGACAUUUGUAGAAUAUGGAGACUAACUCUUAGGAGUUGCUUUACUCUGUCAGGUGACUUAAGUCACUGGGAUUCACUAAUUUUCUCUGAGAGAACAGUUGAUUGAGAAAUUUCUAUUGUAAAUAGCUCAGUGUUGUAUAGUGAUGCUUCAUAUGUUUUGUAGUUUUGGCGUAAGGACACAGUCUAAACAACUGACUUUUUCCCUUCCUUCUCCUCUGAGGAGUCUUCCCGCCCGUGCCCACCUCAUAACCCACUGUUACUUCAUUAAAUGAUGAGGCUGAGCAACUAAGAGCAUUUCCGUUCAAACAAGGUGGCUCACAGGCCACGGGAAACGAACCUGCACCCAAGGGGCCUCUGAACCUUUUUCCUUCCUCUCGCCCCCACCCAGCCUCUUGACUUUUGCAGACACUUUUUAAUUGUGCUCCUUACUGCUGCCACAAUCAGCAUGAUUGUAUAGAGUUCAGUUAGAUCAUUUACAUACCAAGAGUUAUAUUAAAGCAGAAUGCACAAAUGAACAUGUCAUAAUUUUUGUUAUAAUAAAUAUGAAAUUUACA